AGUCGGACACAACUCUACACCUACUCUACACUCUACCUCCCAGCCUGUCUCUCCACAGCAAACUGCGAGCGAAAAGUUUUCUCCGGCUUACCACUCGGCAACAAGCCUGUCACUCUGCGACUUCCCACCAGCUUUCGCCAACCGCAACUAUGGUUAGCAAGAACAUGCUCUUCGCCAUGGCUGCGGCCAUGACUCUCGACCUCACCAACGCGUCGUCGGCCGUUUCGCGGAGCCUGCAGCGUCGCCACGUCUCCCUCGCGGAGCCUCGACCGUACAAGGGCACCGGCUACGGCCCAACGAACCCGCUCGACACGGACGGGGGAAAUUAUCCCUGCAAGGCGCCCGGAGGCGACGGCAGCAAGCUCGAGAUCGACGGGGCACCCACCGAGGUAGUGAUUGGCGAGCCGGCGACCGUGUCCUUCUCGGGACAUGCGGUGCACGGCGGCGGUUCGUGCCAGUUCGGCCUGACCGAGGGCUUCGCGCCGACCAAGAACUCGGUCUUCAAGGUUAUCCAGUCCAUCGAGGGCGGCUGCCCCAAGGCCAACCAGGUGGGCAACCUCGAGGGCGGCCAGCAGCCCGACAAGUUUAGCUUCACUGUCCCUGCCGACUUCGCUCCUGGCGACUACACGUUUGGAUGGAUUUGGAUUAACCGUGUGGGCGGCUCGCCCGAGAUCUACAUGAACUGCGCGCCUCUCAAAGUCAAGGCCGGCAAAGGGUCGACCCGCCGCUCCAAGGAGAGGCGCCAGGGAACGCACUUGGGCGAGCGCCAGACCCCGGCGUACCCAGACUUCUUCCUCGCCAACCUCGGCUCCGUGACAGGCGAGUGCAGCACCAACGAGGCGCUGAAGCAGCAGGUGCCCAUCAAGUACCCGCACCCGGGCAGCAACGUCAUCCACCCCGAGGGCACCUCGAAGCUCUUUGCGCAGCCGUGCGACGGAAACCCGCACAACAAGGGCGCCAUCGACUACGACGACGGCAGCCCCGACCUCGACGUCCACUCGUGUGACAUCGAGCUCGGCCACUUCGACCGCUUCUUCGACUCGCGCUCCCUCAAGCUCGACCACCACGACCGCGAUCUCGACCUCUGCCACCUCGGCUACGACGCCGACCAGCGCGCCCUCGACCUCUGCUCCUACAAAGCCGUGCACGACGAUGACCAUGACCACCAUGACUACCAUCUGCACCACCGGUCCCGGCAGCGCCAGCCCAACCCCUGCCAAGCCGGCGCCGACCUCACUCCCCCGGGCAGCUGCACCGACGGCCACCUCCUCUGCGUCGAAACCGUCAUGUUCUCCAUCUGCACCGGCGGACGCUGGAUCAAGCCCCAGGGGCUGGCCGACAACACCGUGUGCGCCCUGGAGGGCGAGUCGGUGGGCCUGAAGCUGACUGUCCUGUGGUAA